AUGGCCGCAGGUAUCAAGCGCAAAAUCGCCGCCGAACAACCCACCUCGGUAACCACCACCAUCACCACCACCACCAAAAAACCCAGCAAGGUCUCCUCUCUAUCCUCGCCCUCAUCCUCAUCCUCCCCCACCGCCACGACUGCAAAAGGAACGACAACAGACAUGGGGCCCCAGCUGCGCCGCAUCGACGCCUCGAACCGCACGCCCUUCGAGAAGCGCGUGUGGCGGCUCCUCUGCCAGAUCCCCGCGGGCCGGUUCAGCACCUACGGCCUCCUGUCGGCGCACCUCGGCUCGUCCCCACGCGCCGUGGGCAACGCCAUGCGCCGCAACCCUUUCGCCCCGGGGGUCCCCUGCCACCGGUGCGUCGCGACGGGGGGCAAGCUCGGCGGGUUCAAGGGCCAGUGGCCGCGCGACGGCGAGGGCAUCACGCUCGACGAGAAGAGGAUGCUCCUCCGCAAGGAAGGGGUCCGGUUCGACGGCUCCGGGAGGGUGGUCGGCACGCCCUUCUCGGCCUUUGUGUAG